AUGGAACAUUCGCUUUUUUAUCUAUCCAAUAUUCCUAUUCGACUAUUUAGCGUUGUGGAUAGUGAAUUCGUCACUUUUUGCGCCUUCGUCGCUGUAGCCAAAGCCGGCAUCUACGGUGAAACUUACUCAGCUCCACUUAGUUAUGCUGCUCCAGUAGCUAAAGUUGCCUACUCAGAAGCUCCUGCUGUCUCAUACUCCAGUGUAUCAGCCCCAGUAGCCUACGCCGCCCCCGCCAUCGCUAAAGUAGCUGCUCCAGUUUCAUACGCCGCUCCACAACUCUCAUAUGCCGCUCCAGCCCUCUCGUAUGCCGCUCCAGCACUUAAAGUAGCUGCUCCAGUACAUUACGCCGCCCCAGCAUUGAAAGUAGCUGCUCCAGUCGCUUAUGCCGCCCCAAUCGCUAAAGCCGUCUAUGCUGAACCAUCUGCACCAGCUCACUACGAUUUCGGAUAUGCCGUAAGCGACCCCCACACCGGAGACAGCAAAAGCCAACAAGAAUCUCGCCAUGGGGAUGUCGUCCAAGGAAGCUACUCCCUAAUUGAAGCCGAUGGCAGCAAACGUACCGUAGAAUACACCGCCGAUCCCCACAACGGUUUCAACGCUGUUGUACACAAAGAACCAGCUGCAGUAGCUGUCAAAGCCGUUGCACCACUCGUAGCUAAGGUAGCCUCCCCUUACGCUUACGCUCAACCAGCUCUUAAGGUAGCAGCUCCCAUUGCUUAUGCCCAACCUGCCCUUAAAGUUGCCUCUCCUCUUUCCUACGCCUCUCCAUUGGCCCACUACCACUAA